CGCCGACACAGGGUACCACCAUACGUAACUUAGCAUCAACAGCAUCCAUUAACUCAAAUUUUCAUUUCAGCUGUUGUUUGGAGCUGUCCUUCUUGCACAAACUUCACGUGCAAAUUCGCCGAUGCUUAACUUACAUUAAUUCAACUGACCAUAUAGCUUUAACCGUUAUAAUCUUUGCUAUAGCUUUGCUCCUUCCAACAUGACGAAGCUGCCGGGCCCGGGGCCCCUCAGCUCGCCAUCUCCGCGCAAACGAAAGGACCGUCAGCAGCAGCCUUACACGCCCAGCAAGUCUACGUCCUCACCUAUGGUGCAGCAUGGUAGCCCCCUUGCUUCCCGACGAGCUGCAGCUGGCAUGCCCAUUUCUCCGCGGGCCACGAAGAGCACAGGCUUCAUUUCCUCGGCAGCCCAGCUCCCCGCUUCCUCCGCCAGUCUACAAACUUGGCAAAGGUGCUGCAGCCUGUUACGCGAAGCGGUAGUCGACCCGGGCUGCCCGGCCGCAGCCAUGGUUCCCUUGCGCCCAUCGCUGCGACGCAUUAAGGACGACCUGGUACGCGUGUUGGACGAAGCAGUCAGCUCCCACAACGGCAAUGCCUCGCUGCUCGUGCUGGGGCCGCCGGGAACCGGCAAGACGCUGGUCGUGGAACGUGCGCUUCAGGAGAUAUGUAAUAAGUACAACGGCCCACCAACCAACGUACCGCCAACCACCGCAACCACCGCCGAGGCACCAACCACCUCUGCAGCUGCGGCCACAGCCGCACCAGCAACCGCAACUGUCGCCACUGCAUCCAUCAGCGCAGCGGUUCGCAACGUGGGUGUCGUACGACUUAACGGUCUGCUACAGCCGGACGAGCGUACGGCAUUCCAGGAAGUCGCACGACAGCUCUGUCGCGAUUUCGGUCAGAAGUUCGUCAAGUCGGCGACCUUUGACGAAAACCUGGUGUUUCUCAAAGGCAUGCUGCACGCGCUGUACAAGUGCCUCAAGAAGGUGGUGUUUGUGGUGGACGAGUUCCAGCAGUACGCCAAGCGCGGCAAGCAGCAGAUGCUCUACUACCUGCUGGACCUGCUGCAGGACAGCAAGAUCCAGGCGGCUGUGAUCGGGCUGAGCUCGGCCCACAACGUGGCGGAGGACCUGGAGAAGCGCGUCAUGUCGCGAGUGGGGCGCAGGAGGGUCAUCGUGACGUUCCCCGCGCCACCGCCGGGGGCGGAUGAGGCUCCCGGCGGCUUUGCCGGCCCCGCCCUCGGCCCCCCCUCACCGGGGGCCAGCAGCCGGGGGAGCCCCGAGGGAGGAGCAGCAGCUGGUGGCAGCGCCAUGGUGGUUGACUCGGGGAGUGGCGGAGGGGGGGCUGACUCGUACGAGGGGCUACUGUACGACAUGCUGGCUCUGCACCCCGGCAUGACGGGACUGCUGGUGGCAGGGGCGGGGGCAGCAGGAGGUGGAGGUGGAGGGUGUCUGAGUGCAGCGGAUGUGGAGGCGCACAAUCGGGGAGUGGCGGGGGCGCUGCGGGAGCCCAGAGUGGCGUCGCUGCUCUCCCGGCUGUCCCUCAUCGGCGCCCCCCCGCAGCACCUGGCCCUGGUGGCCGAGGUCGCACUGGCGGCGUGGGGGCAGCAGCUGCAGGCGGCAGCGGAGCAGCAGCAGCAGCGCGGGCAGGGCGGCGGCAAGGGGCAGGGGGGUGCUCCCCCCAUGUUGGGAGCGGGGCAGCUGGAGGAGGCGCUGCGGGAGGUGGUGGAGGGGCCGGAGAUGGCGCUGUUCGAAGCUGUGAAGGGUCUGCCGGUGUUGUCGCUGGUGCUGCUGGUGGCGGCGCACCGGCUGCAGAGGAAGGGACAGCCGCUGUGCAACUUUGAGAUGGUGUGGGACGAGUACCGCUCCAUUCAGGGCGGCCGGGGCGCCAUCGCCUUCGACAAGAAGGCCGCUGCGGCCGCCUGGCAGGGGCUGCCGCUGAGCGGCCUGGCGCACUACGCGGACGCGAAUGUGGAGACACGGGGGAGAGAUCUGUCGUACGCAGGCGUGGUGUUGCUGGUGGGGUCCCGGGAGCUGGAGGAGGGCAUCCGGAAGCAUCCGCACUGCCCGGACGCGGUGCUUAAAUUCCACUUGCAGGAGAUCUAGGAGUAGCGACGGACGAGGACAUGCGUGUGUGUGACAGGAUCAGGAGGUAUGUAGAUGUAACAACCUAACAAGCCUAGGAGGUGUGACGAGUAGGAUUAUGUCUCUGAUGUGAUGUACGGCAGGAGGCGGUCUGUUUUAAGGGUGUGGUGUGGCAACUGAGGUAUGGGCUUCGACUGUGUCCCGGCUGGAGGAACACUGGGGGAGUCCUCUGCCCGGUCCUGUAAGCCGACAGGACGGGUAGCAGGCGCUGCGGGCACGUACACAGCAUUAGCGCAAUGGUAGCGGGCCCUUGCCUGACUUGCCAUUGUCAGGUUUCGUAGCAGGCUGACAGGGGUGUGAGGGACGUGCUCUGUGCGGCAUGUUGGAGUGGAGGGGGCGGACGGCUUUGUUUAGGCGGGGUCUGGGCGCUGGCCUGGACUGCUGGGAAUUGCGGACAAACACGUUGUGUUCGUUUUGGAUACAUAGCAUAGAACGUCGUGUUAUACAUCCGGUUUCUACACGCUGCUGUCAAAGCGGACUGUUGAGCUUCAGCGCUUGAGCUGUCGUAUGGCGCUGGAAGAGGCUAUAUUCAUCAACCUCGAAAA